ACCCUGGGCCUUCUGAUAAAAGCUCAGUACAGGACGAGGCAGGAGAGAGCUCUUGGCUUCACCAGGCACAUUCAGCGGUUGCUCCAGAGAAGCUUGAGACAGAAACUUAUCACCAUGAGACCCACCACUAUGGCACUGAUGUGCCUGCUGCUGGCUGCCGUGUGGCUACAGGAUGUGGACAGCAAGAGCAUACUUUCGCCCUCCAAUAGAUGCUGCUCGACAACCUCGAAGAAGAAGAUCCCCCUGAAGUUGAUCCAGUGUUUCAGAAACAUGAGCUCCACCUGUUCUCAUCUUCCAGCUGUGGUAUUCAGGCUGAAGAAAGGUAGAGAAAGCUGCGCCCUAACUAGUGACACAUGGGUUCAAGAUCACCUGAAGGAGGUGGAUCGCUGCUAACUGGGGUGAAGAUAAGCAACCUUCCGGUCCCAGCACCAGAGACUGCAGCUUUACUCGGCCCCCAACCCUCUAACUGCCGCGAUCCCUCUGCCUACUACUGCAGGCUCACAGAUCUCAGUCAUGUGAUAAGCUAGGUUAUUGUUCUUUAUCUGUUUAAAAUAUGGAAUCUUCAACUCCC